AUGACAAAAUCCAGAAAGCAAAAGCAAAAGAAGCAAGAUUUUCUUAAACAGAAAUUGAAAGUUGGUAAGACCAAACCUAAAGCUAGUAAUCUUACAGACACAUCAUUCGUUUCUCGUACUAUUUCCAUUAGAAACCAACAUCUAGAACACGAUAAUGAUUUAUCAAAGAAAUUAACUUUGUUAAAACAUCAUAACUCUACAGUAAGGAAAGAAACAUUAGGACUUUUCCAAAAAUCUCUUCCAAAAAUCAUAAAUUCCAAAUUGAUAAGUCCUUUAGUAACGCAGAGUAUACCAUUGAUUUGUGACGAUUCUAGAGAUGUACGUGAGGGAUUGAUCUCUUUGAUUAAAGAAAUCGGGAAAUUGGAACCUCAAGUCUUAAGAUUACAUUGUAAAGUUUUCGUAUUAUAUAUUAAUAUGGCUAUGACGCAUAUCAUUACUCAAAUUCAAAAUGAUUCUACCAAAUUUUUACAAUGUUUAUUAGAAGAUUGUCAAGAAGAGAUUAUUAGACAGGCGUGGGUAAAGAUGAUGAACGGGUUAUUCUGUGUCCUUGGAUGGGGAGCUAUUGGUAAUAAUAUAAGUGCUGGUGUUGCUCAAUCUAAGAAACGUAAUGCACCAACAUUAAAGAUUCAUUUAGAUACCUUAUAUGAAUUAAUCAAAAGUGGCUGUUUAGAAAUAGAAGAUAAUACCGAGGAAGAAGCUCAGUUGGAAGGUGAUGACAGGAAUAGCCAUCAUAUCACUAGGAAUCAACACUUAAUACCGGAUUAUCCUCAACCAUAUGAUUACUUGAAAUUAUUUGCUAGAGAAUUGAAGAAUAAGGAUGCAACAGAUUCUUUACUCCAGUCGGGAAAUUUAGCUGCUCAGGAUGUUGACACACGUCAAAGGAUCUUUGAAGAACAAUACUUAAAGACUCUUGAGAAGGAAUUAGACUUGCUUGUUAAAGAUGGUGGGGUUUGUGGGAGAAGCGCCAAUAAUAUCAAACAAUUAUUGACAACGAUAUCUGCUUAA